UAAGUAUGCGGAUUAAAUAAACUUUAUCCUUGCUAGAAGUUCAAUACUGAAACUCAAUACUUUGAAACCGCCGAGGCUCCGACCCUAGUGACGUAAUAUAAAAAAUGGCAGCAGCUUCAACGAGUGAAAGUAGUUUACACGUUUAUUUUAAAUGUUUGUUUUGUUUUACCACUGUAACCUUAAGUGCUCUCUUCGAUCAGCAAUUCUGAAAUGACCUGAAAGCAUAUUGUAAUCCGCACCGUGGGCGUUGUAAAUGUCAUCAUACGAGCUCACGCAAGGGCUUUAAAUUAAACGAUGUAGCGUUUUACCACGGAAGGACAGAUGACACAAUCAAAGCGACCCUGUGGGUUCAGUUUCAUUUGUCCUGAACACCAUUGUCAGAAUGGCUGGAGAAAAAUGUGUCUCUGAUAAUCAGCAAGAUUUUUCUGACGACGAUGUGGAGACCUGUAUUUUCUGUCAAAUCGCGAACAGAGAAUAUCCACACACCGAGAUAUUGGCGGAAGAUGAGGACAUCGUUUGUUUUGAGGACAUUGAUCCAGGUGCACCUCAUCACUACCUGGUUGUACCAAAGAAACAUAUCUAUAGCUGUUUGUCACUCCAAGCAGAUGAUAUAAAACUUGUGAAGAAGAUGGCAGCUGUGGGAAGAGAUGUACUGAAAGCCAAGAAUGUCACAAAUUUGGAAGACAUCAGUCUAGGUUUCCAUGUGCCUCCAAAAAUCACUGUCCCCCACCUGCACCUCCAUGUUCUAGCACCUUUCAGUCAAGUGUUUAAAUGGGCCGAGUUCAAGUAUACAUCCUUCUGGUACAUCACUGAGGAGGAGCUGCUUCAGAGACUAAUGAAGAAUGAAAAGGACGAAAGAAUAGGACAUAUCAACCGCAUUCUGCCAGAAGUAGCUAUGUGAGCCUUUUUACUGAACAGAAAAACUUAAAAUCACAAGAUACUUUUGUGAAUAUUAGUGUUCAUUGUUUUUUUUCUUUUUCAUUGUUUAGUUUGAGCCUUAAAGGCCUGCCAUUUAACAUGUUAUUUUUGUAUUUAUUUUAUAUAAAGCUAAACUAUUUUAAAACUAGGAUGGUAUCCUUAGGACUGACAGUUGACUGAUGUAUUUAUAACUAAAGUGUAAUCUGAUCAAUGUCUAAGUUAUUAAAUGUAUGGAAAUUUUUGUGUAAUUGAUUAUGUUAGUACAUAUUCUACACACAGGUCAUACCGUUAUGUUUUCUUCAGUGCUCAAGGUCAUGUUCUUUAUAUAUCGAUCAGAUGGCCACAUCCUGUCUAGGUGUGCGGUUCUUGGUAUGAAUAAGCUGCUAGGUAAAUCUAAAUGAAGGUAAAUGUGCCAAACCACUACACAUGCCAGAAACACAUGAUGAGACUCAGAAUUAAAUGGAUAAAGGGUAAAAAGAUUUUCAGUACAAUCAUCGAAACAUGGUAGCAUGUACCAUGUAAGUUUGAUUUAGUCAUUUGAUCAAGGAUUGUGUUCUAUAAACAGUAGAUCACGUUUGUGACAUGCAUGGCAUUUUUUAGGAACAAGGACACAUUUCUCUGGUGACGUUUAGA